AUGCGGUUUGCUCGAAACCGGGAGGUGCUCACAGCAGGCUCGGGGCAGCUUCGGGCUGCCAAACCUAGUGGCUCGGCAGCGGACGGGGGAGACGUCAGUGGGACGCCCGGGGCGGGGAGAGGGCGAGGGGGAGGCGGAUCGGGGGAAGGGGGGCGGCCGCCCCCUUCCCCCCUGUCCGUUCCGGGGGGCAGUCCCAGGGGCCGGGGGGAGUCGCAGGUUUCGCCUGGGAGCCUGCGAAGUGGUAACCAGAAGGGUCACGCGAGUGGGUUACCAAAAUCGGGUGGGAGUGGAAGCAAGGUGGUGAGUCCAAGAGGAGUAGGCUCGGCAGGCAAAGGGACAGGAACGGAACGAGCGGAGGGUAAGGUUUCUGGGGUGGGAGGAGGGGAGAAGGGAGAUUCUGCGGAGGAGGAAGCGGGAGAGGAGAAGAAGAGAGCGGAGAGGGAGGAACGAAGAAGUGGGCAUUUGCAAGCGGAGGAAGAGAGAGAGAGGGAGAAGGAGAAGGAGAAGGAAAAGGAGGAGAAGAAGGAGAAGGAGAAGAAGGAGAAAGAGAUGGAGAAGGAGAAGGAGAAGGAAAAUGAGGGGAAGAAAGCGGGGACGGGGAGCAAACCAGGGAAAGGGGUUCUGAAAGAGGAGGGCGUUGUGGCCGGCCGUGAGCCGUCAAAAGCAGAAAGAUCAGCGGAAAGAGAUGGUGCUGCCGCGUCUGCUGUGGGUUCUGUUGCCGCUGAGUCGUCUGAUGGGCAAGGGAAGCUGCAGGAGCGAGCUGGUUCGAGCAAACCGCAGGGAGAGGCUGUGCCUUCGCAAGAGACGGAGAAUGAGGAGAAGGAGAAGCGGAGGGAAAGGAGGGAGGGGAAGGAAGGAAAGGAGGGGAAGGAUCAAGAGGAUGGAAAGGAGGAUAAGGAAGGGAAGGAGGAAAGGGAGGUGGAGGCCAGAAGAUUCUCACCAGGGGAGGCGGAGAGACCGCGGUUGGCUGAGGAGGGAACGGCAAAGGAAGGCGAAGGGGUGGAGGGGGAAGACGGAGAGAACGAGCGUGGGGAGAAGGCGGAGAAAGGGGCUGAAUUCGCGGGGAGGAGGGAGGGGGGCGAAGGAGCUAGUGGUGUCAAGGAAACAGAGUCGGGCUUGGAGGAAACACUGAAUGGAACGAGAGGGCGAGAGUGCGUGGGUGGUGGCGCUGCCGCUGGUGCCUUGCUUGCUGAGGGGGCGGCUGUGGAAGCAGCAGGGGGUGGGGGGGUUGCAGGAGGGAUUGCGGUUGGGGCUGCAGGUGGGGUGGCAGGGAGUGAAAAGGAGGAGAGGAGCAAGCAACAGUGGGAGACGGGGAGGGAUGGGGAAGCGGGGAAUGAUGAGAUGGGGGGAGAGAUUAGAAGUGCUGGCGCGGUUGUCAGUGGUGGUUCUGGUGGUGCUGGUGCUGCUGGUGGUGCUGGUGCUGCUGGUGCUGCUGGUGCUGCUGGUGCUGCUGGUGCUGCUGGUGGUGCUGGUGCUGCUGGUGGUGCUGGUGCUGCUGGUGGUGCUGGUGCUGCUGGUGGUGCUGGUGCUGCUGGUGGUGCUGGUGCUGCUGGUGGUGCUGGUGCUGCUGGUGCUGCUGGUGCUGCUGGUGGUGCUGGUGCUGCUGGUGGUGCUGAUUCUGGUGGUGGUCGUGAUGGUGGGGACGCAAGGCAAGAUUCUGGUGACGUGGGUAGUGGGAGAAGGAGUGGGGGAGGCCGACAGGAGGUAGCAGGGGAAAAGGCAAAAGAAGAAACGGGAGCAGAGACGCGGGCAGGGGCAGGGGCAGGGACAGAUAAGGGCGGUGGGGCAGGAGAGCAGGGGAUGGUGACACAGGAAGGGGGCUUGAAGGGGGAAGAAGGAGUAGGAGUAGGAGGAUUAGGGGGAUUAGGGGGAGGAGGAGAAUCAGGGAAAGACUUGAUAGGCUUUUUAGCAGAGGCAGCCGUUGCAGGGCCAUUAGAGAAGGAGGGUGCUGUUACGGGCGAGACACUGAAGGAAGAUCUGGGGGGAGCAGCAAGUGGGGCUGCUUCUGAGAGUAAAUCCCUGGAGCGUCAGGGCAGGAGGAAUGCUGAGAACCAAGCGGCAAGUCCUGUUAGUGGCGAGCAGACACAGGGGGAUCGGCUGAGCGAGGGGAAUGCUGCAGAGGUGUCAGGAGGGGUAGGGAAGGGUUGGGGUGGGAGGAGGGAGCAAGAGAGAUUGGGUGCUGAGUGCAAGGAGCGGGAAGCUUCUGGGAAUGGUCCUGCGGAGGGGCGUGGUGAGUUUGAGGGCGCGAAGGAAAGUGAGCAGAGGAAGGGAAGAGAGGGAGUGAGAGAAAGAGACGGGGGGAGAGAAAGGGAGGCGGGGAGAGAAACGGAGGGUGUGAGAGAGAGGGAGGGUGUGAGAGAGAGGGAGAGCGAUCCUGGCCCUGGGAGUGGAGGAGGGCAGAGGGCUGACGUGGCGAUGGCAACUGGUGGAGGGCGGCAGUUCUCGGACUAUCUGCCGCCCAGAAGAAGAGGGCUGGACAGCGAUCGGCCCCGUGCCCCCACUGGCUCAAGCAUAGUCACAGGCAGGCGAUCGGCUGUGAUUAUAAAGGGCACCGUCAUCCCCUCGCCACUCUCCCACCGGCCAGUUAAGAAAGUCAAGGCAGUCAAGAUGGCCGCCGUUGCCUCUGUCAUGGAAGCUUCCCGCCCCAGCACCCUCCCUUCCUCCCCCCCUCACUCCACCCACGAGCCCACACUCCACCCCCUCACGUCCUCUCUCUCAUCUCUCUCCUCCCCUCCUCGCGCCCCUCCCCCCUCCUCUCCUCUGCUCUCUCGGAUCCCCAAGGGGAGGCGGUCCCCUGUUCCUUGGUUGCCCAUGGGGGGUUCUAGGGGUGCGUCUCCUGCUGUUUCCGAGGGGGACGGGGGUGAGGCAGAAAGGAGGAGUCCCAAGGGGUUGAGUGAGAUUGCGAGUGGGUUGAGAGGUGUGGGUGACGGUGCUACGCCUGCUACUGCUGCUGCAGAUGUUCCCGUUGCUUCUGGAGCUGCAACUGCAGCAGCUGCUGGUGAUAGUGGUGGUGGUGGUGGUGCUGCUGCUGCGGCUGAUGCUGCUACUCCUGCUGUUGUUCCCGCUGCAGGUCCUGCUGCUGUUCUUGCUACUGAGUCUGGUGGUAUGGAUGAGUGUGGGGUAAGCAGAGCUGUUACACCCAGUGAACCCCAAGGGGUGAGAGAGAAUGCCUCGGAUUCUCGAGGGCUGGCGGGCGGCGGCAAUUGCAACAGUGCAGAUGCGGACGAGGAUCCGCCGCCCACCGAGACUGCUACAGUGCUGGCGUCGCUGAUGAGCGUGGCGGGUGCAGAGCCGGCUGAUCCGGGGGAGGUGCCAUCUGGGGGAGGCGCUGAGGGGAGUGGUGGCGGGGGCAGAAAAUUAGGGUUUGGGGGCCUGACUGGGCGUUUGAGUGAGAAGGUGAGUGGGCGGGCGAGCAGGGAUGGGGAGUCAAGGGUCGGGCAAGAGAGAGGAAUGAUGGAGGAGCGGGGAGAGACGGGAGGAAUGGUAGGGAUAGGAAGUGGCAGCACGGGUGGAGGCAUGGGAAAGAGCAUAGGAGGGGGCAUAGGAGGGGGCAUAGGAGGGGGCAUAGGAGGGGGCAUAGGAGGGGGCAUAGGAGGGGGCACGGGAGGGGGCAUGGAGGAUGGGCCAAGUGCGGAUCAGCUAGCGAUUGAAUGCCUUCUGAAAGCUGCAGAAGCGAAGGACGAAGGGGAGGGGGGGUUCACUGAUGGUAACCUGGGCAGCAGAGGGAGACUGGAGGACGGGACAGCGGCAGAUGUGAAGGGGGAGGUAGGUUUGGCUUCAGGAGGGGCAGCAGCAGCUGGGGAAGCAGCAGCAGCAGCAGGGGUUGCAGACGCAGCUGUGAAACCAGAAGCAGGAGCAGGGGCAGGGGCAGGGGCAGGGGCAGGGGCAGGGGCAGGGGCAGGGGCAGGGGCAGGGGCAGGGGCAGCAGAUUCAGAGGAUGAAGAGGAGUUGAGUGUGGCAGCAGUUUUGGCGUCUGGUAAGUGGCAGGGCAAGGGCCGGCAAAACGGCCAACUGAUUUCCAGUUCUGGUCGCUCUGAUACCAUUCCGACGGCCUCUGCUCUCGCCUCUGCUGCUGCUGCAGCAGCUGCAGCCAGUGCUGCCCUGCACGCCGCUUCCCUGUCCUCUGCCCUGCCCUCACACCCUUCCCCCCUGUCAUCCCCUCCUCUCUCCCACCGCUCCUCCCUGUCUGCUUCUUCUCUCCCUGCCGCCUUGCAAAGUCCCUGGCGGGCGGCUCUUGCUGCUGAGAUCGAGAGGGAGAAGAGCGAGGGGGCAUGGGUGGCCGGAUCAGAUAUUGUGGUAGGCUCUGGGGCAGGCGCAGUGGCAGGGAGGGCGGAAGGGAGAGAGGCAGAGGGAACGGGGAUAGCUGGAGAGGGAGAAGGGGAGAAGCAAGUGAGGAUGCCUGUUGCUAAGAGGCUGAAGGUGUGUGGUGAUGGGGAUACUGACAGUGUGGGGAGUGGGGGAGUGGGGGGUAAGAGGGGGAAAGGGGGUGGGAAGAAGGGGGAAGAAGGGGAGAGGGCAGUGGACGGGGGUAGGAAGGAAGCAGGGGAGAGGAAGGAAGAGGGGGGAGAGAAGAAGGAAGGGGGCGAGAAGGUGAAGGUAACAAGGAAGAGGACCGGAGCAGGGGCGUCAAAGACAGGAGGGGAAGGGGCACGGAAAGCUGGAGUGGGGAAACCACGUGGGCUGGUUAGAACCAAGGAUGGGUCUGCAGCAGCAGCACCUGCAGCGGUAGCAGCAGAAGCAGCAGCAACAGCAGCAGCAGCAGGACGAGGAGCAGCAGCAGCAGCAGCAGCAGCAGCAGCAGCAGCAGCAGCAGGAGGAGGAGGAGCAGCAGCAGCAGCAGCAGCAGCAGCAGCAGCAGCAGCAGCAGGAGGAGGAGGAGGAGGAGCAGCAGCAGCAGCAGUAGCUUCUGCAGGAGCUGUGGCAGGGGCUGCGGUUGAGGUAGUGAAAGAGGAGAAGCAGGACGGUGCAGGGGAGGCGGGUGGGAAAGUGGGGACACCAAAGAAGCAGGGCAAGCAGGAGAAGGAGGAAAGGCAGGAGGAUAUUCCACUGCGGUGGCUGCAGAAGCAACAGGCAGCUGAAAGGAAGGAGGCGAAGGCUCGUCAGCAGCAACAACAACCGCAGCUGAAGCAGCAGCCACCGCAGCCGCAGCUGAUGCACCAGCAACAGCAACAGUUGAAGCAACAGCAGUUGAAACAGCAACAGCAGCAGCAGCAGCGGGUGCAGGAGGGAGUGGGGGUGAGCAAAGGGGAGGCGGGCGAGGAGGAGGGGGUGCUGGGGUUGCAGCAGCUGCAGCAGGCUCUGAUGCACGGCCAAGCCGGGUCUUCAACGCAGCAGCAGCAGCAGCAGCAGCAGCAGCAGCAGCAGCAGCAGCAGCAGCUGCAGCAGCACCAGCAGCAGUCCCCGUUAGUGUCACAGUCACAGUCGCACAAGGGCCUGCCAUUAAAAGUGCAAAAAGGGUCGUUACAGUCACAAAAAGGCGUACAAUUGCAUGGGCAGAAAGCAUCACAGGUACAGGUACAACAGGGGCUCCACUCGUUACAAACAUUUUCGCAGCAGGGGCUGCACUCGUUACAGUCACAAGCACAAGGAGGGUUGCAGUUACAGGCACAAGCACAGAAGGCAGCGCAGUUGCCAGAGAAGCAGGGGCAGGCUCAUGGGGCGAAGGCCGGUGCGGCUACAGGGGGGGCUGGUGGGACAAAGAGGAAGGCAAGCAGAGCAAAGAAAUCUCCCGACAAAGCUCUGCAGCAGCAGCAGCAGCAGCAGCAGCAGCAGCAGCAGCAGCAGCAGCAGCAGCAGCAGCAGCAGCAGCAGCAGCAGCAGCAGCAGCAGCAGCAGCAGCAGCAGCAGCAGCAGCAGCAGCAGCAACAGCAAGGGCAGCAGCAGAAGCAGCAGGAGGAGAAGCCGGCUGAGAAGCGGCCUCGCAUUCUGUUUGACUUUGACCUAAACGUCGCUGAGGACACUGCUGAAGACGCUACAGCUGCCGCUACAGAUGGUGCUACAACCGGUCCAGCAGCCACCUAUCCUCCUGCUGCUGCCCCUGCACCUGCCCCUGUCUCUUCCCACGCCCCUGCGCCUGCCCCUGCCCCUGCGCCUAGAGGGUUUGACCUGAACUUUGCAGAGGAGGCGGAGGAGGAAGAGGCGGAGUUUCUUCCUCCUCAUCCCCCUCCUGCUGGGGGCGCUGCUGCUGCUGCUUCAGUCUCUAAUAGGCAGUCUGCUGACGGUGCGCCUGCUGCUCCCUCGGCUCCCGUUGCUGCCCCUGCCGCCCCCACUUCCCCACCAGCAUCACAGAAUCGGUUUUUGGACUUCGAUUUGAAUGAUGGGCCAGGGUUUGGAGAUGAGCCAUUGCAGCCGUCUCCCUCCCCUCCUCCUCAAGCAAAUAGAGCAGCUGUAGCAGCAGGAGCAGCUGUAGCAGGUGGGGCAGGUGGGGCGGCUGGAGCAGGUGGAACUGUGCCAGGCGUCUCUGGGACUAGCAGCAUAGGUAGCAUAGGGAUGAGUGGGCUUAACAGCAUCGGUAGCAUGGGUAGUAGUGGUGCUAUCAACAGCAUGGGCAGCAUGGGUAGCAUGGGCAUGAGCGGACCUAACACCCUGAAUAAUAGCAUGUCCGCUUCUAGCAGCUUAGGUAACAGCAGCAGCAGCAUGGGUGCACUGAACAGCCUCAGUGCUCUCUUCGCCUCGUCCUCCCUCCCUACAGUCACACAGCCUCCAGCGUCCCUCCUGGCCAAGCUAGCCCAUGCAGGUGUGCCGCUAGCAGGUGUGCUUCAAACGGGGCUCUCCCAGUCCGUCCUCACCCAAACCAGCGUUCCUGUAACGAGCACCCCGUCAGCAGUAGGAGGGGGAGCAGGAGGAGGGGCAGGAGGAGGAGCAGGAGGAGGAGCAGGAGGAGGAGCAGGAGGAGGAGCAGGAGGAGGGGCAGGAGGAGGAGCAGGAGGAGGAGCAGGAGGAGGUGCAGGAGGAGGUGCAAGGAGCAGCCGAGGCGGAAAUAUCCCCCCUCUCACCGGCUCUCCUGCUCCCCCGCUCCCCUUUCGCCCGUUCUUUCGAGGGGCAGGCUUUAACCCGGCUGCAGCUGCAAGCUCAGGAGCGAAUGCUGCCAGCGGUGGUCAGAACUUAACAAAUUCCCUGCAGGCUCUUCUUCAGAAGCAGCACCUGCCAAAACCAGGUGUCACACAGCCAUUAGCCGCCGUUGCUGCAGCUGCCGCCGCCGCCGCCGCCGGUGCUGCUGGUGCUGGUGUUGGUGCUGCUGGUGGUGCUGCAGGUGCUGGUGAUGGUGGUGCUGCUGCUGGUGGUAGCAAGGGCAGCAGUGCCGCCACUGCUCCUGCUGCUGCUGCUGCUGCUUCCACUGCUUCAGCGGCAGCGCCUAUGGGUCCGAGAAACGAGCCCACUAGGGUACAGUCGCCAUGGGCUCAGGGAAAGUCGGCUCAGCAGCAACUCUCAUCCCUGCAACAGCAGCAGCAGCAGCAGCAGCAGCAGGGAAAGUUUGCACAGCCACAGCAUCAGCAGCAUCAGCAGCAUCAGCAGCAUCAGCUGCAACACCCACAGCAAGCGCCGCAGCUCUCUGCUGCCUUCCCCAUCCCCCGCCGCGGAUCAAACCCUUCCCUCUCCGCCCACCCCUCCCUCUCCGCCCACCCCUCCGCCCACCCCUCCCUGCAAAAAACCCCUCUUUCCCGCCCUGCGUCUGGCCCUGACCUCCAUAACCCCCCUCUCCCCUCCUCUCUCCCCUCUAUCGCCUCUCUCCCGUCUCUCCCCUCUAUUCCUUCUCUCCCCUCGUUUGUGUCACGGCAUGAUAUGAAUCAGCCCCCUCCUGCUGCUCCGGGCAUGCCUCCUGUUGCUGCACCUCCUGUUACUGUGCAAGAGCAGGUCACUAAAGCAGAGCUUGUGGGGAGUGCUGCUGCUGGCAGGAUAGGCAAUUAUGGGAGAAACGCACCGGUGCAGCUGGAGCAGGAGGAGCAGAAGGAGCUUCACAAGCAGUUGGAAGGAGCUAAAGCUGCGGCUGGCACGGUGGGCAGUUGUGAGAGAAACGCACCGGUGCGGGUGGAGCAGAAGGAGCUUCACAAGCAGUUGGCAGCAGCUAAAGCUGUGGCUGGUUUUGAAGCCACUGUAGCAGCGGUGCACGCAGUGACACCUCAGCUUGCCCCUCAACUUGCCCCCCAGGUCGGCUCUCAGGUCGCCGUCGCCUUUCAGGUUGCGUUUCAGGUGGAUCCACGGUUAUCUCAGGAGCAGGUGGGGACUGCGAGCGAGGGGGGGCGCAAGAGAAAGGCACCUGAGGAUGGGUUGGAGGAGGGAGUGGAUGCUCCUCAGGUUGUUUCUCAGGUGGGUCCUCAGGCAGCUCAGGAGCAGGUGGGCGCUGCGGGCGUGGGGGGGCGCAAGAGAAAGGCCAAUGAGGAUGGGUUGGAGGAUAGAGUGGAUGCGAAGAGGAGGGAAGAGGAGAGAGGGGAACAGAAGAAGAAAGAGGAGGAAGGGGAGGGGGAGAAGGAGAAGGAGAGGGAGGAGGAUAAGGAGGAGAGGGAGAAGGAGAUGGAAAUUGAGUUGUUGAAAAGGCCACUGCCAGUUGCCCAGGCGUCUCAGGCUGUAGCGCAGCAGGCUGUUGCAGGGGAGGCUGUAGCACCACUGGUUGCACCACUGGUUGUAGCAGAGGAGGCUGUAGCACUGCAGACUGCUGUAGCACCACAGGCUGUAGCACCACAGGCCGCCGUAGCACAGGAGAUUGUAGCAGAACAGACUGGAGAGGGGGCUGUUGCAGAGAAGGUUGCAGAGGGGGCUGUAGCAGAGACGGCAGUUGAGGGGCCUAAGGUUGCAGAGGGGGCUGUAGCAGAGAAGUUUGUUGAAAAGGCUGUAGCAGAGAAGUCUGUUGAAAAGGCUGUAGCAGAGAAGGCUGUUGAAAAGGCUGUAGCAGAGAAGGCUGUUGAGAAGGCUGUAGCAGAGAAGGCUGUUGAGGAAGUGAAAUUGUCAGGACGGAAGCGAGUAUGGCUAGACCUGGAGGAGCCGGCGAAGGGGUUGGAGGAACCAGCUAAGGGGUUGGAGGAACCGGCUAAGGGGUUGGAGGAACCGGCUAAAGGGUUGGAGGAACCGGCUAAGGGGUUGGAGGAACCGGCUAAGGGGUUGGAGGAACUGGCUAAGGGGUUGGAGGAACCGGCUAAGGGGUUGGAGGAACCGGCUAAGGGGUUGGAGGAACCGGCUAAGGGGUUGGAGGAACCGGCUAAGGGGUUGGAGGAACCGGCUAAGGGUUUAGAGGAACCGGCUAAGGGGUUGGAGGAGGAAUGUGGAAUGGUCGGGGGAAGGGAGGAGAAAAUAGAGGAGGUUGAGAGGGUGGUUUUUGGGGAGGAGAAGGAGCAGGUGGGUGGGGAGAGGGCAGCGAGGGAUUCAGGGCAAGAGUUUCCUGAGGCUCUAGUGGAGAGAAUCGGCGGGGAUAGUGUGAUGGUUGCACGGGCUGGGGCGGAGGAAGUGAAAGCAGGGGGGGAGAAGGAGCAGGUGGUUGGGGAGAGGGCAGCCUGUGAUUCAGGGACAGAGAUUCCUGAGGCUUUGGAGGGAAGUGCUGGUGGGGGUGGUGUGGUUGUUGCACGGGUGGGGGUUCCGGUGGGGGGGAAGACGGGGGGGAGGAAAGCAGGGGAGGAGGAAACAAGGGAGGAGAAAACCGGGCAGGAGAAAAAAGGGGAGGCGAAAGCAGGGGGGGAGGAGUCAGGCCAGGUGAAAACACGGGGGGUGAAAGCAGGCUUCGGUGCUUCUGCCCCUCCUGCUGCUCCUCCUGCUGCCCCUCCUGCUGCUCCUCCUGCUGCCCCUCCUGCUGCUCCUCCUGCUGCCCCUCCUGCUGCCCCUCCUGCUGCCCCUCCUGCUGCCCCUCCUGCUGCUCCUCCUGCUGCCUCUCCUGCUGCCCCUCCUGCUGCUCCUCCUGCUGCCCCUCCUGCUGCUCCUCCUGCUGCCCCUCCUGCUGCUCCUCCUGCUGCCCCUCCUGCUGCCCCUCCUGCUGCCCCUCCUGCUGCUCCUCCUGCUGCCUCUCCUGCUGCCCCUCCUGCUGCCCCUCCUGCUGCUCCUCCUGCUGCCCCUCCUGCUGCCCCUCCUGCUGCUCCUCCUGCUGCCUCUCCUGCUGCCCCUCCUGCUGCUCCUCCUGCUGCCCCUCCUGCUGCCCCUCCUGCUGCCCCUCCUGCUGCUCCUCCUGCUGCCUCUCCUGCUGCCCCUCCUGCUGCUCCUCCUGCUGCUCCUCCUGCUGCCCCUCCUGCUGCCCCUCCUGCUGCCCCUCCUGCUGCUCCUCCUGCUGCCUCUCCUGCUGCCCCUCCUGCUGCUCCUCCUGCUGCCCCUCCUGCUGCUCCUCCUGCUGCCCCUCCUGCUGCUCCUCCUGCUGCCCCUCCUGCUGCCCCUCCUGCUGCCCCUCCUGCUGCUCCUCCUGCUGCCUCUCCUGCUGCCCCUCCUGCUGCCCCUCCUGCUGCUCCUCCUGCUGCCCCUCCUGCUGCCCCUCCUGCUGCUCCUCCUGCUGCCUCUCCUGCUGCCCCUCCUGCUGCUCCUCCUGCUGCCCCUCCUGCUGCCCCUCCUGCUGCCCCUCCUGCUGCUCCUCCUGCUGCCUCUCCUGCUGCCCCUCCUGCUGCUCCUCCUGCUGCUCCUCCUGCUGCCCCUCCUGCUGCUCCUGCUGCCCCUCCUGCUGCUCCUCCUGCUGCCUCUCCUGCUGCCCCUCCUGCUGCCCCUCCUGCUGCUCCUCCUGCUGCCUCUCCUGCUGCCCCUCCUGCUGCUCCUCCUGCUGCCCCUCCUGCUGCCCCUCCUGCUGCCCCUCCUGCUGCCCCUCCUACUACCCCUCCUGCAGCCCCUCCGGCUGCUCCUCCUGCAGCCCCUCCUGCUGCCCCUCUUGCUGCCCCUCUUGCUGCCCCUCCUGCUGCCCCUCCUGCUGCCCCUCCUGCUGCUGCGCCGGCUGCUGCUGCUCCUUCACCUGAAGCUGCUGCUCUUGCUCCUGCUGCUGCUUCUGCUUCUGCUGCUGCGUCUUCUCCUGCUUCUAUUUCUGCCCCUGUUGCCGUCUCUGCUCCUACUGCUGGUGUGAAGGGAGAAGCAGGGAAGGAGGGUGCGGCACAGCUGGACUCAGAACAGGCGGGUUCAUCUGAAAAGGAGUAUACCGGUAGCAAGAUGGCUGCAUCUGAUGCGGUGAUUGAAGCUGUGAACGAGGCUGGAGGUGUGAAGGGAGAAGCAGGGAAGGAGGGUGCGGCGCAGCUUGAUACUGAACAGGCAGGUUCAUCUGAGAAGGGGUCUGGUGGGAACCAGAUGACUGCAGCAGUGCGAGUGGAUGAAGCCGCGAAGAUGGCUGGAGGUGUGAGGAGAGAAGCAGCAGAGGAAAGUGCGAAACAGCCUGACCCAGAACAGGCGGGUUCAUCAGCGGAAGAGCCUGUAGGUGGGAAGCUGGUUGCAGCAGUGCGAGAAGGGGGAACAGAAGCAGCAGCAGGAGGUGCGAAGGUGGUUGGAGGUGCGAGGAUGGAUGGAGGGGAGAAGGGAGAAGUAGGGAAGGAAGGUGCUAUACAGCCUGAUUCAGACCAGGCGGGCUUAUUAGCGGAAGAGCCUGUAGGUGGGAAGCUGGUUGCAGCAGCGGGAGAAGGUGGAGAUGGGAAAGUGGUUGGACCAGAGAAGGUGGUUGGGGUUGUGAAGGGAGAAGCAGGAGGGAAGAAAGGUGCGGAACAGCUGGAAUCAGAACAGGCAAGUUUAUCUACAGCGGGGAUGGUGGUUGCAUUUGAUGUGGUGAUUGGAGCUGUGAAGGAGGCUGAAGGUGCGAAGGGAGAAGCAGGGAAGGGGGAGGGUGCAAAACAACUUGCCUCAAAACUGGCAGGUUCAUCUGAAAAGGAGCAUGCAGCUGCAAAGGUGGUUGCAUCUGAUGUGGUGAUUGGACCUGUGAAGGAGGCUGGAGGUGCAAAGGGAGAAGCAGGGAAGGGGGAGGGUGCUUCUCAGCUGCCCUUCAAACAGGCAGGUUCGGUGCCUGGUGCUGGAAAGGUGGUUGCAGCAGUGCAGGGCGGAACAGAAACAGCAGCAGCAGGAGGUGCGACAACGGUUGGAGGUGAAAAGGAAGAAGCUGGGAAGGAAGGGUCGUCACAACUGUGCGCAGAACAGGCGGGUUCAUCUGAGAAAAGGCCUGCAGGUGCGGAGGCGAUUGUUAUGGUCAGAGGAGGAGGAGCUGAGGAGGUUGCUGGAAGUGUGGAGGAGAGUGCAUCUGAGAAAGCACCUGAAAAAGCACCUGAAGGAGCACCUGCAGUUGGGAGGGAAGAUGCAGCUGGUAAGGAGAAGGUCUCUGGACAGGCACCUGAAAAGACACCUGCACCUGAGGAACGACCUGAGCCUGAGACUCAGUCGGUGCCUGUAAAGCAGCUGGUGCAGGAGAAAGAAGCUCAGUCCUCUUGCGCAUCUACUCCUGAGAAAACACCUGAAGCUGACGAGGGUAAGACACCUGAGAUUCUACCUGAAGAAUCUCCUGAGUCUGUGCAACCACCUGAACCUGUGGAGCAAGCUGAGCCUGUAAAGUCACCUGAGGAAAAGGCACCUGAGGAAAAGGCACCUGAGAGAAAUGUACCUGAGGGGAAGGCACCUGGGGAGAAGGCACCUGGGGAGAAGGCACCUGAAGAGAAGGCACCCGAGGAGAAGGCACCUGAGGAAAAGGCACCUGAGGAAAAGGCACCUGAGGGGAAGGCACCUGAGAGAAAGGUACCUGAGGAAAAGGCACCUGAGGAGAAGGCACCUGAAGAGAAGGCACCCGAGGAGAAGGCACCUGAGAAGAAGUCUCCUGGGGUGAUGGCACCUGAGGAGAAGGCACCUGAGGUGAAGGCACCUGAGGAGAAGGCACCUGAGGAGAAGGCACCCGAGGAGAAGGCUCCUGGGGUGAAGGCACCUGGGGAGAAGGCACCUAAGGAGAAGGCACCUGAGGAGAAGGCACCUGAGGAGAAGGCACCUGAGGAGAAGGCACCUGAGGAGAAGGCACCUGAGGAGAAGGCACCCGAGGAGAAGGCACCUGAGGAGAAGGCUACUGGGGUGAAGGCACCUGAGGAGAAGGCACCUGGGGUGAAGGCACCUGGGGAGAAGGCACCUGAGGAGAAGGCACCUGAGGAGAAGGCACCCGAGGUGAAGGCUCCUGGGGUGAAGGCACCUGAGGAUAAGGCACUUGAGGAGAAGGCACCUGGGGAGAAGGCACCUGGGGAGAAGGCACCUGGGGAGAAGGCACCUGGGGAGAAGGCACCUGGGGAGAACUAA